CUUUGGUGAUUCCUCUCCGCUGCAUGUUGAAUAAGUUCACCUAUUUUCUCUUCCCCAGUGGAUAAGAAAAAGGGGCCUCCUCUCUCUCUCUCUCUCUCUCUCUCUCUCUCGCUAACAAACAUGGCCAUCACCACUAUACUCCCCACCACCGGAACAAUCUCAUCCUCCAAUACCCACCUCUCCCCUUUACCAUCAUCAUCAUCUUCCUCACCACUUUGCUCACUCACUCUUCGCCCCCAAACCCACAACUACACCCACCUCAGUUGUUCAUCUUCCUCUCUCUUUCGCCCCAUUCUCACCCCAAAAUCCCCCAAACCCAGAAGACCCAAUCGCUACUUCUCGCCGAUUGUGAUGAGCACAGAGGCUGGGGUUGGUGUCAUGGGCACCAAGUUGGGUAUGAUGAGCUACUUUGAGCCAGGAGGCUCUGUUGUGCCUGUGACGGUGAUUGGGUUCAGAGAGGGGAAUAUAGUGACCCAGGUCAAGACUGAGGCCACAGAUGGCUACAAUGCGGUCCAAAUUGGGUACAGGAGGGUUCGAGACAAGAAGCUCACGAAACCUGAAAUGGGUCAUCUCACGAAGUCUGAGAUUAUACCUCUCCGUCAUCUCCAGGAGUUUCGGUUACAGUCUGUUGAUGGGUUUGAGCCGAAUCAGAGGCUUGUUGUCGAUGAGCUUUUCAAAGAGGGGGAUUUGGUUGAUGUCUCGGGGACAACAAUAGGGAAAGGGUUUCAAGGUGGAAUCAAGAGACAUCACUUUAGGAGAGGCCAAAUGACUCAUGGAUCAAAGAGCCAUAGAGCUCUUGGAUCAAUUGGUGCUGGAACUACUCCCGGUCGUGUGUACCCGGGAAAGAAAAUGCCAGGGAGGAUGGGAGGAACCAAAAGAAAGAUCCGUAAGCUGAAAAUUAUCAAAAUUGACAAUGAUCUUCGGAUUGUAAUGGUCAACGGAGCUGUCCCCGGUAAGCCAGGCAAUCUUAUACGAAUUGCGCCAGCAAAAAUUGUUGGGAAGAAUAUCCCCAAAAACUAACUUUGUUUCGUUGUAUUUUCCUCUUUUUGUAUUGUCAAUGUUUUUUGUAAUUUGAUUUUAUCUGAAGUGGCAUGUCAGCAUUUUGCAUUGCUAAAUCUUUUUGUUAAUUUUGUUCAACUUAUCUUUUGUUAGUCUCCUCACUGUUAAAUGACAUUGAUAUCAUAGAAGUAAUGCAUAGCGACUUUAUUGAUGUA